UACCAAAUGUAUACGACGGUAUCACUUUGAGGUUUAUUUAUAAACAAGAAAGAUGGCAGAGACUUCUGAAUCCGCCCUUUCUGUCAUUCAUCCAGAAAAUACAAGCGAAAAUAAAGAAAACGAAGAUGAAACAUUUGAACCGGAGAAAAAGAAAGUAAAACUAGAAAGCUCGUCGACUGUUCUCGAGUUUAAAUUGGAGGAACGGCUGAGCGGAAUCCUUUGCUGCGCAGUUUGUUUGGACCUCCCCAGGACUUGUUUCCAGUGUGCAAAUGGACAUCUGAUGUGCUGUGGUUGUUUUAACCAUCUGCUGGCUGAUGCACGACUAAAGGAUGAAACAUCCACUUGCCCAAACUGUCGCUGUGAAAUAAGUAAAACAUCGUGCACCAGGAACCUUGCAGUGGAGAAGGCUGUGUCUGAGCUGCCAUCACAGUGCCAGUUUUGCUGUGUACAGCUGCCCCGCAAUUCCCUGGAAUACCAUGAGCGGGAACUUUGUCAAGAGAGGCCAGCAACAUGCAAGUACAAGCGUAUUGGCUGUCCUUGGAAAGGCCCCUUUCAUGAUAUGUUGGGGCAUGAAGACUCGUGCACUCACCCACAGAAUUCCGGGCUCGAGAUAAUGGAUGCCCUUAACAAGAUAGAUGAUGCCCGGUCAGCAGAACACAAGCUGUUCAAGGAUAUAUUCAGUCUUCUCUCAUUUGAGAAAGUAACAUUUAAUGACCUGCAGCUGAAGCCAUACCGCACUGAUGACUUUAUUACAAGGUUGUUCUAUGAGUCAAGUCGGUUUUCUGCGUUCAACCACCAGUGGGUAAUUCGUGCCAAGGUUACCCAUGAUCAGAAGGACCCGGCUCACUCUUCCAACCGCGCCCUCACCUACCAGCUUGUUCUAAAGAGCAAACUGACUCAGCCCAUCAGCCUUCACUACGUCGUCCUCAAGGGCCCGUACGGGGACAUGAAGGUUAACCCCGCCAUCUACCGACACGAGUUCACAAGCGAUAGUCUUGAGACCACUCUCCAUGAUCUUCCCAUCAUUGACUCCAUUGAGUGUAACAAGCUCCUUGCAUCCAAAACUAUGAACAUGCGAUUACUGAUGUUUCAAGUCCCAUCUUAGAAAGCUUGAGAGCAUAUAUGUUUAGAAACGCUUGAUAGUUACAUUCUCUACAUGGGUCAUGUUUCAAUAAAGAUUGUAAGGCUUUCAAUAGUAAAUUUACAGGCAUAAACUCAUUUUUGACGUAAAAUGUGUUUUUAUAAAAAUAAGUUAAGAAGUUUAUCGCAAAGAUUCCAUCUGUAACUUUUCUGGUGAACCUGAGCACUGUUAAGCAGCAGGUUCAUGACUUAGAUAACUUAUUUAAACAGGCCCAGAUCAUUGACAUUAUUUGAUUGAAAAAUCUUGACAUUUUCCACUAUGAAUCACCCGGUUACUAAGACUUUAGGUUUGACUGUUAUUUUAUCUUUCUUUCUUUCUACUUGUUUUUAUUUGUUCCUGUUACUCUUGUUUAUUGUUUCAUUGGGCAUUCUUACAAUAGUCAAAACUUCUGUUUUAAAUCUUGCUAAGUCUAUUUUAAGAUUGUAUCUUGUUGAAGAGUCUGUUUUACGAAGGCAUUUUACUAAAUAUAUCAUAUUUUUACUGUGUAUAUACUUUAUUUAAAAAAAUAGUAUAAACAAUAUUUUUUAAUCAAUCAAAACCCAAUAUUUAGUACAAUAUAUAUACAACUUAAUAAUUAAACUGUUUUGGGACCAAACCGUAUAACUCAAACUUGUACCAAUUAUAAAAUAUUUUAAAAUCUUUUUUUUUUUUUUUUUAAUUCAUCAGAUCAUUCUAUCCUUCAUGAUUAAUAAUUUAUUCUUGGCUUAUUAGUACUUGCUCAAGAUAUUUUGUUUUAACAAAGAUAUGGUUUAAUGGCUACACUGUUUCAAACUGCCCUAACUUUUGUGUGUUCAUAUGUUUUUGUGUUAACUGUUGCAAGAAUGUUGACUGAUAGUGUGUUAUUUGUGUUAACUGUUGCAAGAAUGUUGACUGAUAGUGUGUAAUGUAUAUUUAUGUUUUUCUUGGGUCAAAAUACAUGUAUGCAAGAUAUCUCUUUAAUUAUUCAUUUUACUCAAUUUGUAUCCUAAUUUACCUGUAUUAUAAGUACAUUAUAUUUUAAAUCCUUUUAAAAUGGUACCCUAUUUUGACCCACUUUUCAUGUGUCUGUGUAAUGCAGUUGAACACAAGUUUGUACAUGUAUUCCAAGGGCUUUCAAAGACCUUAUUUCAUGUCUUGUAAGGACUGAUGUGAAGUACGAGGUUUCAUUAUGUAUUAGAUAUAGUAAGACAUAACGUGGCAUUAGAGAUUUACAAGUUGUAAUUUAGGAUAUUACAAUCAUUGAAUAUAGUUGUACAUUUAAAAGGCAGAUAACAUUGGAACUAGAUUUAGCUGCAUGUGCAGAUGGUAGAUGCAGUGGUCGAAAUUAGCACAAGCUCGCAAGCCCUGCACUGGUAAAAUGUCUUUCGGGCUUGCUAAAAUUCUUAAUUUUAUAUAGCAGGGCUUGUUCAAAAAUUUGACGCCAAGCAAUAGUAUAAUAAUUCGGGCUUGUUGAUCCAAAAGUCUAAUUUCGAUGACUGGUAGAUGUCUAAGAUACAGUAAUUGUUAGAUAUUGCAAGGAAAUAAAAACAUUUGUAAACCACUUUCCUAUAAAUUUAUGUUACCGGUAUUGUUUUUUUUAUUGCAAGAUAUUGUUUUAACUGCUAUGCUCUCUGAAAAUCUAUGCUGGAGAUUGAGUACAGUUGCAAGUGAUAACAGAGUAAUAUUCAAAGGGACUUUUGUAAAUAGUUGCUUUCCUAUCAGGCUUCAAUGUACUACGGGUAUUGUAGUUAUUGUAUAGGCAUUAACGUGUUAAGAUAUAUUUCAGCCAUGUCUAAAAAGACCCCCCACAAUCAUUCAUAAGUGCAGUAGUGUCUAUUUAUGUUAGAUUGUAAGAACUUCUUCAGUCUACGUUGUCAAUAGCAGUGUUGUUUGCCUUGACAGUAGAUAACAUGUAUAUCAAAAAGACAUUAAUCAUCAUUAAAAAGAGAUUCAUGAACCAUUCACAGUCACAAAUAUGCACUGAAGUUUAUCACACAAUUGUUAAAAAAAUGUUCACCACAUACACAAACAUAUUAAUAUUUGUUUCAUUCACACAGCUUUUUUUAUAUUUAAUUGGGGAAAAUGUUCUCCAGUUAAAUAAAAUUUAUAAAGAAUAUCAGUCAAUUAAAAUGCGGAUAACAUCAAUCACCCUGUCCCAUAAGACAGAUUUCAAUGCUGUAUCAUAUGACCAAUAUUUGUACUUCAGUUUUUCAUUUUUCUCCAAUAAUGCUUCAAUCUAUCUGGAUUAUUUUUCCCUGCAAAAUUGAGUAAUACAAUAUUGAUUUCUCGUUAAUAUUUGUAUGAACCAAUGUAUUCAUUGACAUUGUUGGAUUAUUGGCAGUUAUUUUAUUGAAUUGUCUUUGAACAGGCAUCUAUUCAGUACUGAUACAUCAAAGAUUGAUAUAUGCGAUAAUGAUACAUGACAUACAUAACAUUGGGUCUUCAAACAAACUUUUUCUUCUCUUGUUUGUCUUUUAUUAAUACAGUAAAUUGACAUUUAAGGAAGCAAUGCAUUUUCCAAAGGAUUUUUUUUAUAUAAGGCGUAACCAUGUGGCGUGCAUUUUGGUCCUUUAAAUUGGUUUUAAUGUGAACAUGGGGACACAAGUGUUAAAAAUCCUCACCAAAACAUCGUGUGACAAUUAUAACCAUUGUUUUUGUCAAUUUUAACGAUUUUUUUACAGUAUGACCAAAAACCUGAAAAUGAAUGACUUAGUUAAAAAAAAAUCCAUAUUGUAAAACAAUGUAUUUCUUCUGAUAAAAGCCUCGAAAUCUUUUUGUUGUCAAGACAACACUGUGGUUGUUAAGUCCAUUUGAUAGCUAGGUAAACAUUGAAAGCCAUGUCUUGGAGCUGGACAGAUUGUGCAGGAUUAACUCUCAAACUUAGAAAAUAGUUUACUGUAGUUCAAAAACGGGCAAUGUUUUAUUGUAAAGAUGAAUGUGUGAAUAAAUUAUGCUUUGAAUCGCCAAUAUCACAAUGCUCUGUCGUUAAUGGAACUAGUGACCCAUCUAUAUUAAGUACUACAUAUAAGACUAUAAAAAAUGUGUAUUGUUACCUAUCCAGACAGUUAUUUUUUUGCACAACCCAAUUAAAUAUAAUCAGGAGAAGAGAAAAUCAAUAUUGUAUUCUUUCCAAAUACACUGUAUCAUAACACUUUCCAGGGUUCUCAAUCACAUUUGAGCUCACUAUAAUACUUAUAGACUCAUACUUAGACAGAUGUAGUGGUACCUUCUGUGACUUGCACUAUUCACAUUCAAUCAAGAACCCUGACUUGUUAUUUUCUCCAUAUUCUGUUAACCGUUCCUUAGGUCAGAUAACCUGUUUCUUGUCAUGAUCUAUUGGUAUAUUAUACUUUCUUGCAUUAAUAUAUUUUACUAAGAUUGUAUUGUUUGCUAUUUAAGUAGAUUAGAGAAUAAAUAUUAAGUAAAGUCA